GAUAAGUUUAAUUACUGUACAUUACAAAAUUUUAUUCAAUGGGAAUAGAAAAUGUUGUUAAAAUUCGAUUAAUUUAUUCAAUUCAUCGAAUUCAAUUUACCUGUGAACCCGUUGAAAAUCCUAUUCUAUCCGUACUCUACUCACUAAAAGCUCAAUAAUAAAAACUAUUUUAACAAAAAUGCAAUUAAUAACAGUUUUUUCAUGGAUUAUUGGAGUAAUAGUAAUGAAAUCAACUACAAUUGUUGUAUGUAAAAUGAAACAGGAGCAACAACAAAAACAGCAGCAUAAAUUUUUAGUACAAAGUGACAAUCGAAUUUUAUCAUCAGGUUUUCCAGAAUUCUUAUUAGAAUUUCAAAGAAAUUCCAUUAACAAAAAUAAUAACUACAACAAUAAGGAUCAGAAUAUCGGGGGAUAUAUUAGUAAUAGUGAAAAAAUUAAUGGUUUAAAUAAUAAUGUUAAUAAAAUAAAUAUUGAAGAUAAUUAUAAAAAAAAUGGUGAUACUAAAGUAAUAAUUGAUGAUCCGGGCAAGAAUCAUAAAUUUAAAUUUAUUGAUAAUAAUUUUGAUAAUGUUAAUGUUGAAGGUGAUAUUGACAAUUAUGACAAUAGGAUCAGUAUUGAUACCAUGAGAACAUCGUAUAAUGGAAAUAAUCAUAAUAAAAAUCAUUUUAAUAAUUUAAAUGACAAUAUCAGCAUAUGUAAAAAUACAUUAAAGCAAGCAUUAGCUGAUUAUGAUGAUUUGGAACAAAUUUUUAAGAAAUCUGAUUUACAAAACAGUAAUUUUGAUUUAGAAGAGCUAAUGAAUACAUCUGAAAUAACGCAGAUUAAUGAAAAACGAGGGAAUGUUGCAAAUGGACCUGGCUGUGAUUGCCAAAUCAAAAACGAUUUAAUUGAUCUUGGAUACCCCCAUUAUCCAAGAUAUUUAUUUAAUGCAGUUUGCCAAGAUAGUAUUGGUAAUCCAAGCAUGGGCUCCUCAGAUGAACAUAAAACUCAUUCCAAACGCUGUUGGCGUGGUUCACAAUGCAAGCCUGUUGAAUACAAAGUAAGAGUAUUAACAUAUAGAACAAGGGCUGAUAAUAUGGAAAAAGAUUACACCAUGUCAUUGUUACCAGAUGUGUUAAGGUCUGAUUGGAAAUGGAAAACUGUUACAGUUGCAGCUGGAUGUUUUUGUUCAUAUUAAACAAUAUUCAAAAGCAUGUAUACAAAUGAAUUCAUAUACUCAAAAAUAUAUUGUACAAAAUACUUGUACAACGAUGCUGUAGGACUUAUUAUUUGGAUAUUUUAUAGAAAUUUCAAUUUUUGUAAUUUUUUUUUAAUAUAAAUUAAAAUAUUAUUAAAUUUAUGUGAUUUUAAUGUGAGGGGCUUGUGAAAACCAAAUAAAAAAACAACAUAUUAAAAUAUAUCAAUAGUGUAACCAAAUUCAAUAAAAAUCUUUAAUCAAAAUUUAUAAUGUAAAAUUCAAUACUAUGCAACAACAAUAUGUACAUAUUAUAUUUAUGUAUACUUUUCA